CGACCGACCGACCGACCGACCGACUGUCCGAUCGAGCCGAACACACAUCCCGCCUCCCGACGAUCCUGCUCUCGCCCAGCCCAUAUUCGUCCAGCCUCCAGCACCAUGUCCUUUGCUCAGAUUGCCCGCUCGUCACGACUGCCAUCGGCAUUCGCAGCCAAGUCAAAUCCAGUCUCGAUCCAGCAGCGGUUCAUCACCCUGAUCGACAAGCGAAAGAAGCCCAACGUCACCAAGACUAUCGACGUCGUCCUGCCGAGCACCACCGAAGCGAUCCCGAAGGAACAGCUGGCCUACAAUGUCAAGCGCACCACCGUGGCCGGAUGGCUGCCGGUCUAUUCGGACUUUCGCAACAACCGCUCGCGGCACCUGACGCUGAUCCGCAGAAUCGAAGGCGAUAUUGAGCGGCUUGCAAAGGAUCUGGAACAGAUCAUCCCUCCCCAGAACAUUGUCGUCAACCCGCUCACCCAUAGCAUUCGGCUGAAAGGCAACUAUGUCAACCAAAUCCGGGACUGGCUGACUGCUCGGGGCUUUUGAAUAUCCUUCGAAAGCAUCACUGGCAUCGCGAAAGAGUCCUCCAUCGCGGCAGUGCGAACGGCUGCGGUCUGUUCUUGGAGAAGCAUCUUGUCUGAUGUCCUCGACGUCCCCUCCCCCAUCUUCACAGUGCUUGGCGCCCCGUCGCCCCAACAGAGAGAGUGCUUGAUUGGGUUGACCACGAUGAAAUUGUCGGGCCUCUUGGCCUUCUCGCCCGGAGCUGGCGUGCAGAGGAGUGUCUCCUCAUCGACACCCGGCUUGGCUUGCCUUGGCUUGGGUUGACUCGGCCCCCCCCCCUCCAUUCCUUCCAUUCGCAUAUUCGCUCGCACUUCCUCCAAACCAAUAUAUAGCAAUUGUUCACGCUCCCGG